GUGGUUAAUGCAACUGACGCUUGCGAUAGAUCAGGUUAAAAUCUCUCUCUCUCUCUCUGGUUCUUUCAUUUCGAAUAGCGUCUCGGCUCUCCGCCUAGCUAGGGUAGCUGGUUCUCCAGAUCUCGAGGAGCCGCCUCUGGAUCUAUCUAUCGUCUUCGAUCUUGGGGAUUUUUGGGGAGAAUGGAGGUCCUGCCAUUGCGAGAGAUUUCCAAGCAAGACGAGGCUGGCUACAAGCGCUGGUUUGAGUAUGUAGAUGCCGAUGGCGAUGGAAGAAUUACCGGAGCAGACGCUGUGAAGUUCUUCGCCAUGUCCAAGUUGCCCAAAUCAGACCUCAAGCAGGUUUGGGCUAUGGCAGACUCAAACAGGCAGGGCUACCUUGGAUUGAAAGAAUUUAUCACCGCAAUGCAGAUAAUUUCCGUCGCACAAUCUGGCGUGGAGCUCACUGGAGAUGUUUUGAAAAGAACAGACUGGGAAAACAUUGGCAUGCCAAGCAUGGAGCUUGUGGAAGAUCAUAUAAGAGAAGGACGAAAGUUAACUCCCGAAGUUGAGGUUCAAGAAGUUGAACCAAAGCCUUCAUUUACAAACUGGCUCUUUCAGAAAACGCCGCAGAAGGUCUCGCAAGAUACAGCGACGUCGAUAAUCGAUGGACUGAAAAAGCUGUACUUCGAAAAACUGAAGCCUCUCGAAAUGGCAUAUCAAUUCAAUGACUUCGUUCUCCCUGCACUGACCGAGAGCGACUUCGAUGCGAAGCCUAUGGUGAUGCUGUUGGGCCAGUACUCCACGGGAAAGACCACGUUCUUAAAGCAUCUUCUGAAAGUCGAUUAUCCAGGCUGCCACGUUGGUCCGGAACCAACAACUGAUCGUUUCAUCGUGGUCAUGGGAGGGCCCGACGAGCGAACCAUUCCUGGAAAUACUGCUGUUGUCCAGUCAGAAAUGCCAUUUACUGGACUUUCGAAGUUUGGAGCUGCGUUUCUGACGAAGUUUGAAUGCUCUCUGUUGUCGCACCCGCUCCUGGAACACAUCACAUUUGUAGACACUCCUGGUGUCUUGUCUGGAGAGAAGCAGAGGACUCAGCGGAGCUAUGACUUCACCGGUGUAACCGAAUGGUUCGCUGCGAAGUGUGAUCUCAUACUCCUCUUGUUUGAUCCCCAUAAGCUCGACAUAAGUGACGAAUUCAAGCGUGUUAUUGGUUCGCUUCACGGCCAUGACGAUAAGAUAAAAGUGGUCCUUAACAAAGCUGAUCAGGUCGACACGCAGCAGCUUAUGAGAGUGUAUGGCGCGCUCAUGUGGUCUCUGGGAAAGGUCCUGAACACACCAGAAGUAAUGCGCGUCUACAUUGGUUCAUUCAACGAUAAGCCUCUGAAUGACAAGCUUGGUCCGAUUGGAAAGGAGCUGUUCGAGAAGGAACAGAGUGACAUUCUGAUCGAUCUGAUGGACAUUCCUCGCAAGGCCUGCGAUCGGAAGGUGAACGAGUUUGUAAAGCGGGCUCGCGCCGCUAAGAUCCAUGCACACAUCAUUGCUCAUUUGAAGAAGGAAAUGCCAGCAAUGGUGGGAAAGAACAAAGCUCAGCAACGUCUAAUGGUUAACCUUGAAGACGAGUUUGCGAAGGUUCAACGUGAGCUGCACUUGCCAGCCGGGGACAUGCCAAAUCCUGACAAGUUCCGAGAGAUACUUGCCCGGUACAACAUCGACAAGUUCGAAAAGUACAAGCCCAAGCUCAUACAAGCCGUGGAGACAAUGCUGGCUCAAGACAUACCAGACCUCCUCAACAAGUUCCACAACCCAUACGAUUUCUCCAGGUGAACGAUGAGUCUUUUCAUUUCACUCCUCUCUCGAGUCAACUUGUUUGUUGGCUGCAUGUACUUUACCGAGGCGUAAUAAAGAACUUUGAGUUCCA